CGCUCAGAUAUACUGAGUGAGCCCCGAGAAGCAGUCUCAGAUCCUGACGGUGCAGCAGCCCGCAGCCUCAGCCAGGGAGUCCCAGCCGCUUUCAAUGGAGGAGAAGCCCGGCCAGCCACAGCCUCAGCACCAUCACAGCCACCACCAUCCGCACCAUCACCCCCAGCAGCAGCAGCAGCAGCAGCAGCAGCAGCCGCACCACCACCACCAUUAUUAUUUCUACAACCACAGCCACAACCACCAUCACCACCAUCAUCACCAGCAGCCUCACCAAUACCUGCAGCAUGGAGCCGAGGGCAGCCCCAAGGCCCAGCCGAAGGCGCUGAAACAUGAGCAGAAACACGCCCUCCAGCAGCACCAGGAAACGCCGAAGAAGAAAACAGGCUAUGGUGAACUGAACGGUAAUGCUGGAGAAAGAGAAAUAUCUUUAAAGAGCCUGGGUUCUGAUGAAGCUACCAGCCCUAUUUCCAGGGUCCUCAAUGGCAACCAACAAAUUGUAGACACUAAUCUGAAGCAGACUGUAAAGGCCAGCACCUUUGGGAAAGCAGGAAUUAAAACCAGGAAUUUCAUGCAGAAAAACAGUAUGGACAAAAAGAAUGGGAAAUCUUAUGAAAAUAAAUCUGGAGAGAACCAGUCUGUAGACAAGACUGAUACAGUAGCAAUUCCAAAUGGUGUUGUAACAAAUAAUUCUGGCUAUAUUACUAAUGGUUAUAUGGGCAAAGGAGCAGAUAACGAUGGUAGUGGAUCUGAGAGCGGAUAUACCACUCCUAAAAAAAGGAAAGCUAGGCGCAAUAGUGCCAAGGGUUGUGAAAACCUUAAUUUAGUUCAGGACAAAAUAAUGCAACAAGAGACCAGUGUCCCAACCUUAAAACAGGGACUUGAAACUUUCAAGCCUGACUACAGUGAACAAAAGGGAAAUCGAGUAGAUGGUUCGAAGCCCAUUUGGAAGUAUGAAACUGGGCCUGGAGGAACAAAUCGAGGAAAACCUGCUGUGGGUGAUGUGCUCCGGAAAAGUUCUGAUAUUAAACCUGGUGUGAGCAGCAAAAAGUUUGAUGAUCGGCCCAAAGGAAAGCAUGCUUCUGCUGUUACCUCCAAAGAGGACUCGUGGACCCUAUUUAAACCACCCCCCGUUUUUCCAGUGGACAAUAGCAGCGCUAAAAUAGUUCCUAAAAUAAGUUAUGCAAGCAAAGUUAAGGAAAACCUCAACAAAACUGUACAGAAUUCUUCUGUGUCGCCAUCUUCAUCUUCAUCUUCUUCGUCAUCUACUGGGGAAACUCAGACCCAAUCUUCAAGUCGGUUAUCCCAGGUCCCUAUGUCAGCGCUGAAAUCUGUUACUUCGGCCAACUUUUCUAAUGGGCCUGUUUUAGCAGGAACUGAUGCAAGUGUGUAUUCUCCUGGGGGUCAGCCACUGCUGACUACUGCUGCUAAUACUCUAACACCCAUCUCUUCUGGGACUGAUUCAGUUCUCCAGGACAUGAGUCUGACUUCAGCAGCUGUUGAACAAAUUAAAUCAAGCCUUUUUAUCUAUCCUUCAAAUAUGCAAACUGUGCUGUUGAGCACAGCACAAGUGGAUCUGCCCUCUCAAACAGAUCAGCAAAACCUGGGGGAUAUCUUCCAGAAUCAGUGGGGUUUAUCAUUUAUAAAUGAGCCCAGUGCUGGCCCUGAGACUGUUAUUGGGAAGUCAUCAGAUCAUAAAGUGAUGGAGGUGACAUUUCAAGGGGAAUAUCCUGCCACUUUGGUUUCACAGGGUGCUGAAAUAAUCCCCUCAGGAACUGAGCAUCCUGUGUUUCCCAAGGCUUAUGAGCUGGAAAAACGGACUAGUCCUCAAGUUCUGGGUAGCAUUCUAAAAUCUGGGACUACUAGUGAGAGUGGAGCCUUAUCCUUGGAACCCAGUCAUAUAGGUGACCUGCAAAAAGCAGACACCAGUAGUCAAGGUGCUUUAGUGUUUCUCUCCAAGGACUACGAGAUAGAAAAUCAAAAUCCUCUGGCGUCUCCUACGAACACUUUGUUAGGCUCCGCCAAAGAACAGAGAUACCAGAGAGGCCUAGAAAGAAAUGAUAGCUGGGGUUCUUUUGACCUGAGGGCUGCUAUUGUAUAUCACACUAAAGAAAUGGAAUCUGUUUGGAAUUUGCAGAAGCAAGAUCCCAAAAGGAUAAUCACUUACAAUGAAGCCAUGGAUAGUCCAGAUCAAUGAAGGACCAGACUGCCUAUUUGUAACCUUUCUGCAGCAUUAGAGCCACCGUUCAUGGGGGACACAAGGCUUUUAUGCUCCUAGAUCUUCAACGCAGCAGAGGAACCAUAAGUAGAAUCACAGGAUAAUAUAUACAAAUAUAUAUAUAUACAUAUAUAUAUAUAGUUAUUUAAAAAAAAAAAAGGCAACUGAAAGUAAUUAGACUUCUUAAGGAAUCAAAUUUAUUUCAAGAGACUACACAAGGUUAUUUAAUCUCCGGUACUGAAUAGUUUUUUUUUUUUUCUUUUGUUAGUUUUUGUUUUUAAGUGUGAAUGCAAGUGAUUAAUGAAUACAGACUUAUUAACAAGCGUGGUUCUAAAGUUCCUGCUGUCAUCAACUUGGGCAACAAAUGACCCACUGGAAAGGCAAAUCCACUUAAAAGAUCUCUGUAUCUUGUUCUGUGACUAAAGUGAUACACUAAUCACGGGGAACCCAGAAUGAUUCACCAUUUUCCCCCACUCCUCCCUUGAUCUUUUGGUUAUACUUUGAGCCCUGCGAGAAUGCUGGAUAAAAAUGCCUUGAAGUUUGCAGGGGGUGUAUUUUUUUUUUCUUUUCUUUUUUUUUUUUUUAGCGAAUAUGAUUUGCAUGUCUUGCCAGGAGUUGAACAGCCUCUAUGGGGGUGUUGGGGAAAUAUUUUCUUUUCCUUUUAUUUUUUGUGGGGUGGGAAUAGGGGAGGGCAUUGAAGUUCUGUAAUUCUGGAAUAGUUGGUGGUACAUAGUUCACUUGGCUUUGGUUACAUAUUGGACUUCAACAAGUGAAGAACCCAUGAGUGUCAUUUAAGGAAAAGUUACAGAGCAAACAAUUGGCUUUAGAUAUUUAAUACGAGAAAAUAUUCCUUUGCCCAUAUUUUACUGUAAUUGUGUAAGUGGGAGCAAAAAUACAUUCUGCUUUUCAACUGUAGGUGCUCCAGACUUGCUCUCUGUCACUAACACUAAAUGUGCUGUUUUCCUUGUUUUUCAUUGAACAUCUAAAGAGAAACUUCUGUACCUUUCUGUAAAUUCUUUUAAUUUCUCAGAAAUAUCUAAAAGGGGAAGAAAAAUUUCCAUGAAAAUUAUAAAACUUUUCAUGUUUUUAGCCAGUGAGGAGGUAAUAAACCCUGCCUAUAGAAGGUGUUUUCAUGCAAACUAUACUUCUGAGCUUAUUAGCUUCUAAUUAUAUCUUAAUAAAUAUAUUUUAUUACUAGAGCAAAAUGGGUUUUUUAAGGAAAAUAAUGUGAAAUUCUGGAAAUUUUCUUUUGGGCAGAGAAGAGCAUUAGCCCUGUCUUAUCAUCACAUUGCCAUCCUGUUGCACUGCAGCUUGUAUAUAGCAUGCUAAAAUAAAUUUUUUUGUGUGUGUGCAGAAACUAAGGGUCCAAUUUAAGAUUGGGUGAUGUUAGUGGCAUAAAAACAAGUUCUCUGGCCUGACAUAGCAUCACAUUACACACACACAUACACACACACAGAAAUUAGUAUAUCCAUGUAUGUCAAAUACAGGUUAAAAUAGCAGGGCAUUUAUAUAGAGAGGCGUAGUCUUCUAAUAAAAGUAGACUGGAUCCCCUGGGGCAUUUGGGGGGAGAAGGUACCUACUUUUGCUCAAACUCUUUGCUUAAGAAAUGUCCAGUUUUGAGCGACUGUAGUAUGGAUGAGUUUUCUUGUUUUGUUGAUUAUUUGAGACUUUUAACAAGUAGUUUGUGGAAGAAGCUGUUGGGCUCAACAUAGAGUAGAGAAAAUAUCUUUAGUCUGGAUUUCUGCCCUGCUUAGAUUUUUAAAAGUAUAAGCAUGGAUUGCCAAUUCCACUUGAUGUAAACAAAACUUUUUAUACAUAAUAUAUAUAUAAUAACUUAUUGUAUCAGUCCAGGUUCAGAAACUUGUGGUAGGCCAGUUCCAGAUAGUUUCAUUUCACCUGUAAACUGUAUCACUUUUACUGAUAUUGUAAUUUUCAAAUGUAUAAUAUGUUUACAGAUGUGCCCUGCAUUUAGUCUGCCUUGUUCCUAUUUUGAUUUUUGUUGAGUCUCCUGCCUGCUUGCCAAAAGCUAGGAUGCUUCAGGCCCAUGUACAAUUGAAAGCAGAGGCAUCCUUGAGCUUUAAAGCAUUGAACAAACUGGAAAUUGCAACAUACCACAUACUGAAGUGAAAGAAGUCUGUGUUUUUGUGUUUUUUUUUUUAAAUAAAAAUUUUCAAAAAGUUAAAAAAAAGAUAUAAGGUUGAUUAAAGGACAAAAAGGCUCCAGUUUGUUUUAUAGGUUUUAAAGUUCUGCUGUGUGUUCAAUUGCCUUGUGUAACCACUUGUCACCUUAGGGCCAGAUUCCCCCUGCACCUCCCCCCUUCUUUUUUAAAUGUCCAUUUUGCUUGCCUGGAAUUUAAAAGCUCUUCUGUCUCACAACUCACAAGAAACUUUCUGGGUUUGUGACAUAGAGGUUGAAUGAAUAUAUAUAUUUAAAAAG